AUGACGUCGGUCUCUUUCCCUCCAAGCAGACCCGACAGGAAGCUAUCGCCAUUCGGAGGCACAUCGACUGGUGGCUUUGGGAGUCGGCCUGACGUGAGCAAAAACGUUCUCGGCCUCAAUGGGGCGAGCGCCGGCGGUGGGCAGCGGUCGACACGCAACUUGAAUAACCAGCCUCCCGACAUGACAACUCCUGCGACAAAGCGGAAGGGCGUCAACCCGUUCGAUGGCGCCAGCUCAGACGAUAAUCGACGACGAAAAAACACGAAGGGAGAUUCACAGGGCGAGUGGAAGAAGAAAGGUCUCAAGGCGCAAGGCGCGAAGCCAAAUGGCGCGAAGGCGCCGAAAGGGUUUGGAACCACCCAGUCGCGCGGUGGUUUCGGCAACCAAAACAACAACAACAACAACAACAACAACAACAAUCACAGCUCGGGAUCUACCGACUACGAAACAGACGAUGCGAAUGGCGAAUUGAAUGGCGACGGCACUGCGUACUCCGACAAAAUAUUCUCGCAAUUACGGCAGGAUGGAAUCGCACCGCCAAAAUGGCCGUCAGAUCCAGGAAAUACGUCGUCCAAGGCCGCCAUGGCCAAGUUCAGGGAAGAAUAUAAGACAUAUCGCGAUCGGGCUAGGACGUCAUUGAUGCGCGCCGGCUUGAUUGACGAUCCCGAUAAGCCAAAGCGGCUGGAAGACGCGAUUGACUUCAAAGGCAUCUGCGACGCGAUGUGCCCCGACUUCGAGAAAAUUACUCGCAUCACCGAAUUCGACGUUCAGUCUGCCGAAAAGGACCCCCGAACCACUUUCGCCAACACAUCAAAAAUGGUCAAGAAGUUGGCGCGCUCUGCUGCUGGCCAGGAGGCUCCGUUACCCAUGGAUGUCCGAUCCACAGCCGCCCUCAGGAGGACGCUCGACUACCUCAUCGACGAUCUUCUACCGAUUGACGACAAGUUGCCCUCUUCGCAUGGUUUUCUAUGGGAUAGAACACGUGCAAUUCGCAGAGACUUUAUCUUUCAUUCGACAAUGUCCCCCGAGGAGAUGAAGGAUCAAGUUUACUGUCUCGAGACAAUCGCCAGAUUCCAUGUUACAGCUUUACAUUUGCUUUCUCAAGAGGGAUUUGCGCCGGAAGACUUCUCGGAACAGCAAGAAAUUGAGCAGCUGGGAAAGGCGCUGCUUUCUCUCAUGUUUGCUUACGACGAUUGCAAGCCGCAAGGUGUUGUUUGCGAAAAUGAGGCCGAGUUCAGGGCGUACCAUUUGCUUUUCAGCGCAAAUACUCCCAAUAUCCUCGACAACGUGCAAAAGGAAUGGGGGGACGCUCGCUUCUGGACCGAAUCCGAUACCAUCAGAACAGCUGUCUCACUCGUCGAGAGUCUGCAGAGCGCAGAGGACUUCCACGGUCCUUUGGGCUCGGGCCCGUCCAUGGCAACAUCGGGUGCACACCUCACUUACUUUAGAAUCCUCCAAAGCCGAGAAGUGUCUUAUACAAUGGCAUGUUUCGCAGAGAUUCACUUAGGUCAGCUGCGCCGCUCAGUUCUUCGCUCAUUGAAGAAGGCGUACACCAGACCACGGCAUGGGGCGAAAGACAUCACGCCCUCAUCGCUAAACCGAUUUCUUCAUUUUGAUACAGAAGAUCAGGCGAUUGAGUUUGUCGAGCAGCAUGGUCUCAGCUUCUCGAAUGGACAAGGACCAGCGGGCGAGCCCUUUCUCUCAGAGACUGGUUGA